UGAUGAAACAAAUACUCUGUCACAAUGUAUAUGACAGUAAAGACUUACGCCAGGAUCUGUAACAUCGUCAGUGACGUUGGGUCAACUACUUAGAAUUUCCAGACGAUUUUGGGGUCGUAACCCUACGUGCGCCUCAUAUCUUAUCGCCUUAUAAACGUAUCAAGCAAAUUAGGGAGAUACUAGUAGACAGUUUACCUCAUCGCGGUGGUGAUGUUGUUGUUAGCCUGCAUUGCCGCUGUCAUUUUUUGCUGCAGCAACGCUGCUGAAUAUCAUGGUAAAUUGAUUGGACCUAUCCAAGAGCUUUACCACGGUGUGAAAGGCACAGUUUACGCAGUGGACAGUCACAGGUUCAAAAUACUAGGCUUCACCUACGAUGGACAGGGCCCAGAUGCUUUCUUCUAUAUUGGACUGAGGCAAAAUGCAACUCGGGAUACACCAAGUGACGAAGGCAUCAAGAUCCUCGACGAGAAGGGAAGUUCCGCUGUUCUCAAAGAAUACAAAAAUGUUACCUUAACUCUCACCCUUCCAGAAGGCAUUAGAAUUCAAGACAUUAAAUGGCUGUCAGUGUGGUGCGUUGCGUUUUCC